AUGACUCAUGGGUCAGAGAUACAUGCAGCCAGGAGCUCUUUUCUACCCCGGAGGAGGCUAGCCAGUCACAGCUGUCGGUGUUGGCGAAGCGCAAACAGGAGAGGAGGCCCAGGGCUCUGCAUCGCCCUGUGCCUGUGGGGCACCGUGGCCCAGAAUCAUGGUGUACAAGCUGUUCCCGCCCCUGCAGGUACCACUGAGGACUGCAACAGCCAUAUGCUGUGCCCAGCAAACGCCAAGUGUGUGAACAACACCCACUGCACCUGCCUGGAUGGAUACUGGCCAAGAGAAAAUCACCCCAUCCUCUUCACCGACCCAACGGAGAUCUGUGACGAUAUUGAAGAGUGUCUGGAGCCGAGCCCGGCAGACUGUGGACGCAACACUAAGUGCAACAACGUGGCUGGGAGUUACUACUGCACCUGCAUCCCUGGCUACGAGCCCAGCUCUGGGAAAGCCAAGUUCAUAAACGCGAGUGAGAACACCUGCCAGGACAUCGACGAGUGCAAGAAGACCCCAGAUAUCUGCGGCCCCAACGCCACGUGCACCAACACCAAUGGGAGCUACCAGUGUGAGUGCCGGGCCGGCUACAUCCGCUUCAAUGGGAGCACCACCCUGUGCAAAGAGCUCACCUGCCCCCCCCUGCUGGAUGAUGACAACUCUGCCGAAGCCAAGAACCUCCUGGGCAGCUUCCCGGCACAGGUGGGACGUCUCUGCAAGGCGGCGCUGGAGGAGCUGAAGCAGAUGAAGGCUCAGAGCGCUGAGUCUGUGAUGGGGCAGCUGCAGGGUUUCUUGGACAUUCUGGAGAAGCAGAUAAAUCUGGUCGGGCAGCAGAGCGAGAGCGUGGAGCGGAGACACCGGAUCGCGACGGAGCUGAUGGCCAUAGUGGAGAAGCUGCUGAGAACGCUGGCCCUGACCCUGCCUGACAGCACGAUCAGCAUCGCAUCCCCCAACGGCACAGAGCUGGGGCUGGUGGUCAGGCAGGCCGGGAACCAGAGCCAGGAGACCGUGACGCUGCAGCAGAGCAAGACGCAGAUGGAAUUAAAGUGGGCCGGAGCCCCAGGGCAGAAAGAAGGCUUCACGCUGGCCGGGCUGCUGACAUACCAGGGGAUGAGCCCCAUCCUGGACGGUGCUGGGCGGGUGGAGGCGCCCGAGUGGGACGAGAUUGGCCAGACGGGGAAGUGGGCGCAGGAGCCGGGGCGGCCCAGCUACCGUGUGCUGUCUCCAGUGGUGUCGGCCUUCAUCAGUGACCCGAACCCCCAGGCACUCGGCCUCUCCGUCAGCAUCCGCUUCAGCCACCCGGUGCCGGAGAACAAGACCGACCUGCGCCUCCUCUGCGCCUACUGGAAGCCUGACAGCAGGCGCUGGGCCACCGACGGCUGCACCCUGCAGAAGUUGAACGCCACCAUCACCCGCUGCCAGUGCAACCACCUGACCAGCUUCGCCGUGCUCAUGGCCUUCUACGAGCUGGAGGAGAGUUACGCACUGACCAUCAUCACCUACGUGGGACUGACCCUCUCCUUGCUCUGCCUUUUCCUCGCCAUCCUCACCUUCCUCCUGUGCCGCUCCAUCCGCAACGUCAGCACCUCCCUCCACCUGCAGCUCUGCCUCUGCCUCUUCCUGGCCGACCUGCUCUUCCUCGCUGCCUUGACCCGCACCGGCAGUCAGGUGGCGUGUGCUGUCAUUGCUGGCCUCCUACACUACCUCUUCCUGGCCUGCUUCACCUGGAUGUUCCUGGAGGGGCUGCACCUCUUCCUCACCGUCAGGAACCUGAAGGUCGUGAAUUACACCAGCGCCAGCCGGUUCAAGAAGAGAUUCAUGUACCCGUUCGGCUACGGCUUCCCAGCCCUGGUGGUGGCGAUUUCUGCAGCGGUGAAUCCUGAUGGCUACGGAACUUCCACACACUGCUGGCUCAGCCUGAAGAGCGGCUUUCGUUGGAGCUUCCUGGGUCCAGUCUGUGCCAUAAUCCUGAUAAAUAUAACGUUCUUUGCCCUGACCCUGUGGAUCCUGAGAAACAGACUCUCCUCCCUCAAUGCAGAUGUGUCCACCCUCAGAAACCACAGGUUACUGACCUUUAAAGCCAUCGCCCAGCUCUUCAUUCUGGGCUGCACAUGGAGCCUUGGUCUCCUCCAAGUCGGCCCAGCAGCCACGGUCAUGGCAUAUUUAUUCACCAUCGUCAACAGCCUGCAGGGAGCCUUCAUCUUCCUGGUGCACUGUCUCCUCAAUCGCCAGGUGAGAGAGGAGUACAGGAGAUGGAUCAAGGGAUUCCGAAUGUUCAGCACGAAAUCUCAGACAUACGAUCUAUCCAUGUCUGCUGUCCCCACCACCAGCACCAAGACGGAGUAACCCUUCUGCCAGGUGGAGUCGGCAGCCACCGGGGCCGGGUUCAAUACCUAGGGGUUCCA